AUGUUUGAAGCAUGGGAGAGAUUCAAUGCUUUGUUGAAGAAGUGUCCUAACCAUGGGUUAUCUCCGGGCCAUCAAGUGAGCCUUUUCUACAAUGGAUGCUUGGAAUUUAUCAAAAGUCAACUAGACUUUGGUUCGGGGGGAUCAUUCUUGGACAAGGGGGUCGAAGAGUGCAAGAAGAUGUUUCAAAGGCUUGCAUACACUAGCAAGAGUUGGAGUUCGGGUCGAGAUGGCUCAAUGCCGGUAGCUUCGGUUGUCGAUUCGGAUGCAUUCAAUCUCCUCAACCAACAAAUGAUGAUUCUCAAUCAAAAGGUGGAUAGCAUAAGUUUGGGGAUGGCAUCCAAUGUAGAGCCUCAAUCUACCGUAGAAGAUGUUAAUUAUGUGCAUCAAGGGGGAAACCAAGGAGGAAAUCAAAGGAACUUCUACAAUUAUCGCCCCAACAAUGGGGGUGGUAAUUACCUUCCAUCCUUCAAUGCACAUCCAAACCUUUCUUAUGGGAAACCGAAUAAUGCUAUUCAACCAAGUGGGGUUAACAAUGCACCUAGCACUUCAAAGUCUUCAAGUGAUGUUACCAAUGAGCUUCUAAAAGCUUUGAUGGAGAAGACCGAUGGGAUUAUGGAACACUCCACCAAGAGAAUUGAUAAAGUUGAGACGGCGGUAGUAGAAGUUACUAAAAGAAUGGGGGCCUUGGAGCACCAAAUGAGUCAAAUUGCUCAAUCCAUGGGUCAACUUCAUCAACCGGGACAAUUUCCAAGCAACACUAUUUCUAACCCAAAAGAUUGCAAGACAAUUAAUUUGAGGAGUGGAACAAGCUAUGGGGGUUCCUCUAUGCCCGAAAAGGAAGCUAUUGUUCAACCCGAAGAAGAAGAGGAAAUAGAGAUGGAAACACCACCGGAGAGCUCGCCUAAGGUUCAACCCGAGAUAAUUGUUCCUCCCAAACCCAUGGAAGUUAAGCUUCCCUUUCCUCAAAUGAUACAAAAGAAGAAGAAGGAUGAACAAUUUUCAAGAUUCUUGGAUAUCUUUAGGAAAGUUCAAAUCAACAUCCCUCUUGUUGAAGCACUUCAACAAAUGCCGAGCUAUGCAAAGUUCCUCAAGGAUGUUGUCUCACAAAAGAGGAAAUGGGGGCAUUAUGAGACGGUCAACUUGACGGAGAGUUGUGGUGCAAUUAUUCAAAAGAAGUUACCGGCCAAGAAGUCGGAUCCGGGGAGCUUUACUAUUGAGUGCACUAUUGGAAAUUGCUUUGUGGAGAAUGCCUUGUGCGAUCUAGGUGCUAGCAUCAAUCUUAUGCCAUUGUACUUUUUCAACAAGUUGAUUAUUGGCAAGUUGAAGUCCACUAGCAUUACUUUGUAA